AUGAACUCAAAUUUGCAGAAGGAAUUUGUAUCGUCUGAAGUUGAAGCUGCACUUAAAGAUAUAGGGCCACUUAAGUCUCCUGGACCAGAUGGAUAUGGAGCCUGCUUUUACCAGACCUAUUGGAGUGUUGUAGGGAAUGAGAUAGUGUCAAAAGUGCUAGCUAACAGAUUGAAGAAGGUGCCGCCAGAAGUGAUCUCAAAGAACCAAAGUGCCUUCAUCCCAAGCAGGCUCAUCACAGACAAUGUCAUGGUUGCAUAUGAAACUUUGCAUACCAUGAAAACAAGGCAAAAAGGAAGGAUUGGAAGUAUGGCUUUGAAGCUGGACAUCUCCAAAGCCUAUGACAAAAUUGAAUGGGGGUUUUUGGAGGGAGUGAUGAGGAAGCUAGGCUUUGGGGAAAAAUGGAUUAAAUUGGUUAUGGAUAAGAGUUUGAGCUCACUUGUUGAUGUGGCUGAAAGAAAUGGUGAAAUUAAGGGGGUUGUUGUAACCAGAGGAGGUAUAAGAGUGAAUCAUUUACUCUUUGCUGAUGAUUCUAUCAUUUAUGGAAGAGCAAAGCUGACAGAGUGGUUCAAAAUUCAAAAGCUGUUAGGCACUUAUGAGAGGGCCUCGGGUCAGUGCUUCAAUAGACAGAAAACUACCAUAUGUUUUAGCUCUAAUACCCCUAUGGCUGUAAGAAGGCAAAUUCAGAAAGUGGCAGGGGUAGUUGUUUGUGGCAAUUUUGAGAAAUAUCUUGGUCUCCCUUCUAGUGUAGAUAGAUCAAGGUAUAAUGCCUCCAAGCACUUAAAAGAGAGAGUAUGGUUGAAAGUUAAUAACUGGAAGAACAAGUUCCUUUCACAAGCAGAGAAGGAAGUGUUGUUAAAAGCUGUGGUCCAGGCAAUACCAACGUAUUCAAUGAGUGUUUUUAUGCUUCCAAGGAAAUUGUGUAAAGAGAUAGCUGUUAUAAUGGCAAGAUUUUGGUGGAGUCAUAUGCAAAAUGAUAAAAGAAUUCAUUGGAGGAGCUGGUCAAAGAUGGGUAAUUCUAAAGGUAGAGGAGGGUUGGGAUUUAGAGAGCUUGAAUGUUUUAACAAAGCCAUGUUGGCUAAGCAAGUAUGGAGAAUUUUGAAUAAUCCUAACUCUUUGGUGGCAAGAGUAAUGCAAGAGAAGUAUUUUAAGGGAAAGAGUGUUCUGGAUGCUAGAUUGGGUUAUUCUCCAUCUUUGGUUUGGAAGAGUCUUUUUUCCUCUGUUGGCUUAAUAAAAGAUGGAUUAUUAUGGAGGGUUGGAGAUGGGAAUACGAUCAAAAUAUGGAAGGAUAGAUGGGUACUUUCAUCUUCCUUCCAUUUAUUACAAUCUUAUGUGAAGAUGCUUCCAACUGAGGCAACUGUUAAGCAAUUGAUUAAGGAGGAUAGAGGUAAAUGGAAUGAAGAGCUUAUUAAUGAGAUUUUUAACAAAGAGGAGGCUGAGGCCAUUGGUAAUAUUCCUCUUAGCAAGAUGGGUACAAAGGAUAAAAUGAGGUGGGGUUGUCCACAGAAUGGCUUAUUUUCUGUGAAAAGUGCAUAUCACCUGGAAUAUUCAAGAAUAAGAGCAAAGAAUGGGGAAUCUUCAACUAUGAACUUAGAUGAAGUUGGAUGGAAGUCGAUAUGGAAGCUGAAGAAUCUUGAAGAGUUCAGAAUUGUAAACAAUCCAUCUAGGCCUGGUCAAGUUGACAGGAGGCUAAUUAGGUGGAAAAAACUCGAUGCUAUGGUCUGCAAAGUAAACUGGGAUGCUGCACUGGAUGCUAUAGUGGCUGAGGCAUAUGCACUGAGAAGAGCAAUGUUUUUCUGUCUAGAGCUGGGAUUACAGAAGAUAAUGUUGGAGGGUGAUUCCCAGGUGGUUGUCAAAGAUACAAACGGUAAUGUUGAUAUAUGGGCAGAUUAUGAUAUAAUAAUUGAGGAUACUAGAAGAUUGAUGAAGGAUAAUAUGAGUUGGUCUGUAAAUUUCAUUCAUAGGGAGGCUAACAAUGUAGCUCAUUCAUUAGGCAAAAUGGCUCUUACUUGUGCUAAACAAAUUGUAUGGAUAAAGGAGGGCCCUUCACAGAUUAUGAGCUCUGUGUUGAGGGAGAAAUAUUGUAAUGAUUGA